GAGAAGUUCCUGGUUUGCCAGUGAAGAGAAAAGAGAAGCGUCAUUAAACCAUCAGAGCCUCAGAAAUGAAACUCUGCCAAACGUUGAUCUGCUUCAUCAUCCUCUCUCUGCAGGAUGGAAACACUGGACUCAUCAAUGCAGAAACUAUUAAAGGAAUGGAAGGAGGAAACAUCAUACAUGAGUGUUCCUUCUUCUUCUCUGGAAGCAGGAAGAUCUUCUGUAAGGAAGGAUGUGAAGAAAAAGACAUUCUUGUUGAAACAACUGCUGACAGAGCUCAGAGAGGCAGAUACAGCAUCGAAUGGAAAGAAGCAGAUAGUAAAUUAGGUUAUUCACUUCUGAAUGUGAGCAUCACAAACCUGACCAAGUCUGACUCGGGGCGCUACACAUGUAGAGUGGACGGAGGUUAUCUCGCAAACAAGGAGUUUGAGAUCAGAGUUGAAGAUGCUCUGAUCACAGAACCAAACCGCCCUCUCCCUCCUCGUCCACCAUCAGUCCCGUCAACAUCAGCACCGACAACAACACAGAGUUCAAACGUCGUUCCAAGAAGCUCCACACCUUCAUCAGCCUCCACUUACACCAGCAGCCAGUCUGGACAGAGUAACAGAACUGCAGGUCCAGGUGUGCAGCUGUAUGUGGGUCUGGCUCUGCUCUUCAUGGUCGUCAUGUUAUCAGUGGCUGUGGUGAUUUUCUGCAGGGGGAGGGCCAGCAAACCCAAAGGAAAACCUGUGGAAACUGAGUAUGCUGACGUGACUGAGGCCAGCCAAGCGUAUGAGGAGAUCAGAGAGGACAGAGAGAGAAGAUCCUCUCCUGUAGAAAUAUCUACAGUUUACACUUGUGCCAAAUAUGUCAAGCCAAAUGCAGAAGAUACCAAAGAUAAUAGCAGUUUGGUCAAUGGAGCCACUUGUGAGAAUAAAACUGAAGUCGACUUGAAUAAACUGACCUACUCCGAGGUGGACUUCUCCAACCGCACAGCUGCCUCGCUCAGCAGCGCCCCCUGUGGUGAUGCAGAUAAUGUCGUCUACUCCGUGCCCAGAGGAGCGCGGUCAGACGGCAGCCACGGCGGAGACGCAUCACCUCCUCUUUACUCGACCGUUACUGUGCCUCAUGUGUAGCUUCAGCGCCACAUUUUACUCUCUCAGGGCUCAACAGGUUCCUUUAAGUUAGUGCUGCUUUUACUGUUUCCACUCAGUUAAGCUUAUUUUAAAGGUGCAAUAUGCAAGAAUUUUACUUGAAAACAUCCAGAAAUGAUUGUUAUCAACACAAAGAGAAGAAAUAGUUUUGAUAUUUGUGCUUUGUGUUGCAGAAAAUUAUACUGAAGUUAUAUAUGUAGCUAACCAGUUAGGCCCAGUCUGUCCUGGACCAAAGCUCCUGGGUGAGAUGUUAACACCAACACUCCCAGUCUGUAUCACUAGCUGCACAGCUAACUGAGCUAACCAGCUAACAGCAGCUACAGUUAGCAGUUACCCUGGUGACAUGCUGCACUUUGUUAAUUUUGUGUAUGGAUUAGAUGGUAGACCUUUAACAUUCUGGUAAAAGAUAUAAAAGUAGGAUGACAGUAAGUCAUUUGGGAUGUGAGUGAACAGCCUCCUUCUCUUUGUGGGACGGCAGAAGAGCUGAACAGCCGGAACAGGAUCUGCAGCAGCAGGACCACUUUGUCAUCAUCAAAAUCUGUAAAUAAUUCUGGUAUAUUUUUAAAUGUUAUAUAUUUUUAUUUAUGUACUUUUAUUUUAUUGUUAUUUUAUUAUUAUCUUUUUUUAU